GAAGACCAGUCGAAGACGCUUGCACGUCUGUGGUCCGGGAUAAUUAAGAAAACAAACGUCAUUUCCGUUUAUAAACAGAAACGGGUGAAUAACAUUCAUUAUCCCGAGGGUAUUUUUUCAAGUGAUUGUUGCUGAGGGUUGUCGUGCCGCAUGUGGAGGUUUACGUGAAUCACUGAAGUGAUAGUUUUGGCAUGAGUGGAGACGGAGAGCCCAGGAAAUUGAUAAGUACAUCGAGGCGGUUGAUGUAAACCGGAGAAGGAUGCGAGGGCAGGGAAGAAAAUUGUCUUGGUGACCGGGUGGUAGGUGUCCCUUGAUUAGUGGGGGUUGAAGGCUGUCAAGCUGAAUUGCUAAAAACUCCAAAGUAGGUCAGUGAGAGAGUAGUAGAUCAGCACAAAGUCGGCUGUACCCUCGAUGCUUACUCUACGCCUGGUGUCUACGCACUUUUUGAAGCAGCCAUAGGGUGUUAUCCGUCGCCUCGGAAGCGAUAAAAAAAAAUAUUGUCGAUAUAAUGUGUCGUGAUAGAGACAUGAACCACGAGCACUUGUUAAUAGCCAACAAUUAUCACCUGGAUCGAUGAGCUAUUGAUUUUUAUCGAUCUAAUUACACUGAACUGAGUGGAUAAAACAUCGAGUUGUUAACAGGAUUACUUGGAAAAGUCGUCGGUAAUCUUGUAAAGUAUUCCUCUGUAAUCCAAUUUAGGGAGAAUUCACUGUUCUCACGAUUAGUUUUGCCGGUGUUUUGGUACCUCGAUGUAUUGUCAUCCUGUGACUAUUGGACGAUAUCGAUAUUUUUCGAAGUGAAUUGUCGUUGUUUCGGGAAAAUUUCACUCGGGAAAAUUUCAAUUUUGCUAACUGCCGUUGAACACGGCUCACGGAUCGCUUGUGAUAUACUUCAAUCUGUGGAGAGCUGCGAAAGAGUGCAUUUGCGGCAGUGGGUCGCGGUGCAGACGGACUGGGAUGAGACGCCCGCAGCAGGAAGUACAUCAACAUCAAAGUCAUUGUCAGGGAUCUCCGCCCGAGAGUCCGAUUGAACCGCGUCAACGGAACACCAACGUCAAGGACGAGUCGCGAUUGGCGCGUGUGAAACGCGUGCUGACAGGUUCCCUCCUCGGUCGCGGUAUCAGCAGUGCCGAGUCUAAACGGGUGUUCGGGGCUCGACUGGAGCUUGUUGACUCCUACCUGGACACUGGUGUUCCCUACGUGGUGCAUCGGCUCUGCGGGUACAUCGAGCAUCACGGCUUCCAGAGCGCGUCGGUCUUUCGUCUCUCGGGGGGCAGUCCUCGGUUGACUGAGCGGCUCAGGGCGGCUUUCGAGAGACGGGGCGAUGCCGAUCUCGAGGGGGCAGCAUGCCCCUCAACUGCGGCCACUAUGCUGAGGCAGUACCUCAAGGAACUGCCACAGCCACUCGUUCCCUCCUCCCUCGUUGCUCAGCUCAUUCAUAUCCACGGCCAAUAUCACUCGAAUAAUCGAGAGACCUGGAUAGAACGGACACACCAGCUUCUGCUGAGUCUCCCCCCAUCGCACUAUCGCCUCUUCGGGUACUUGGCGAAUUACCUCAGCAAGUAUGAAGCUCGCCACGGCAGAAGCUCCGGUGUUUGCGGGGUAUUUGCACCGGUUGUACUACCCCACGUACCACCAGCCACCACUCUCCUCCGGGACAUCCUCGCCGAGGCAGCCAAGCUGUUCCCAGGCUGUGUCAAGGAUUCGGGAAGUUAUUCGACUGUCGUUGCGAACGAUAAUAGGGACAGCAAGGAUACCAAGGAGCAGAACGAGGUUUCCGAGCAGACGGGGGAUAACUUGCAUUGCGCGCUGAAACCGCGCAAGCGAAAGGAACACUGCGAGUCCUGUUGCCAAGAGAGAAAACUCAUCAGAAGCAAUAGUGAGGAACAAAUCUUGGACAAAAACACUUCGAAUGCAGUAGAAACGAUCCGAAGAGUCAAUAGUCACGAAGAUUUCAACAGCGAUAAACAUCUCCAUAUUUUAACGCAUUUACCUCAACUUGGAGCGGACAUGGGGCACGGAGUGAGAUGCGGAGGUCUGCCCCUCCACGAGAGAACCAACGUCUCACCAGUCUCCAAGCCCUCGCCCUUGCCCUCCCCCUGCGACAUCCUCCUCGCAGCUGAGCGGCUCGAGUGCGAUGUGGAGAGACUCCGCAGCACCGAGAGGUUCAGCCGUAGUCUGACCCCCCGCUGUCUCCGGGUAAAUCGUCGACGGCGAGUCCACAAGGGUCUCAAGGUCGAUCAAAACUCCACCAAGGAGAAUGAGCAGGAACUAAUUCCAGAGCUUUACAUUGAAUCCUCGACGGAGAACAAUAGCAGUGCAGACGAGACAACAGGACCUAGUUUCCUCGACCUCUUGAGCAGUGGUCCCUCUCGUUCCCCGUCGCCGGUGCGUGCGCGCUCCCUAGACCACGAGGACUCCAACAACCCAGUCCCCACGAACUGGGGUUUCACGAUGCGCCAAACCGACCCGGAGAGUGGGCCGGCCACCGAGGACGAGAAAGAGCCCACGGAGUCGAUGCUGUCCCCCCGGAACUCCUUGCUGAUCCCCCGGAGGUUCUACUCCGAGGUGGACGGGACCCCAACGAUCCCCAGCCCCUCGGAACUGGGUCUGAAGACCCUCACGAAGCACAUAAACGGUCUCAAGAAGAAAAUAAAGAAGUACGAGGACGAGUUCGAGGAGAAUUUUGGGUAUCGUCCCACUCACUCCGACAAGAUGAGCAAUCGGGACAUCAAGAGACUGUGUGGAGAACUCAAUAAACUCCGAAAGGAGUAUAAAUUGUUGAAGGAGGACCCCAUAAGUGCACUGAGAGCCAACGUCAAACUGACCAAGUCCUCCAGCCUGAAUGGAAGGAAUCAGGAGAAUUCUCCUGUGAACAAUAACAACAGUCAGGAGUUCAAGUCCAGGGCGACGUUGAUGGAGGACAUGGUGAAGGAGGUGGAGAGGAAGCUGAGUGAGAAGAGGGUCAAGUACGACAGGCCUGAUAACAUGGAGGAGAUGUCGUACGAGCAGCUGCUGGACGAGAAGACUGCGGUGCAAAAGGCACUUUUGCAUAUUGAGGGGGCUUUUGGGAGGCCUGUGGCCAAGGAGGACAGGGCCAUGGUGCGAGAUCUUUACGACAGAUAUCGAUCCUUGAAGAGAUUGCUGAUCAGAGCUGGAUCAAGCAAGAAUAAAGACAGUAUAUCAGAGCUGGCGACGAUCCUGGAGCACGAGGCGAUGGACUUCACGUCGUCUUCGUUGCCUGGGAACUCUGGGGACUGCGACAGGAGAGCCAGUGAGCCUGACAUGUCUCAUCGGGGCAUUCUGGAUUGCAUUGACACUCCCGACCAGUUGCCAACGGACAGCGAUAGCCAGCACAGCAGCAGUGAGGGCAGUAGGGGGGGCAUUGGGGAGAGCCUGCACGCCAUGCCUCAGGAGGACUUGGUGGCCCAGCAGAGGGUCAUGCGGGAGGAGAAGAAGAGGCUGAGGAGGGCUCUCAAGGAACUGGAGGCACAGUUUGAAGCACGCGCUGGACGCAGAAUGCAGAGGGAGGACAGGGGCCCUCAUGUACAAACUGUUUAUGAGUCUUAUAAACAGACUAAGGCCAAACUCAGACUAAUCGACGCUCUACUCGCCAAAACUGCCUAAUUCGUGGAGGUGGGGAUGUGGUAAAACGUGAGAGGAAAUUUACAGGUUUAUACAUCUUGGUGAAUGGGAGAUUAUCUCGUUGAUGAGGGAUUUUAGAAGAAAAUGUCAAGAGAAUUCGGAGUUUUCCCCUGAAAUCAUUCAGUAAGAGGAUAGUUUCAUAUUUGAGAAUGCACUUUAGGGGAGAAUUUCACAAAAAAUCCUUGAUUUUUUCUCCCAAAAUCACUUGGUAACAAGUUAAUUUCACGUUCAAGUAAAUGAUCAGACGAAUUUAUGAGAACAAGUGCAUUUUUCGAAUUUGACCUGAUGAAUAUUAAAUGUUCUCACUAGUGAAUCAUUUGAGGGGAAAUAAUCGUAAAAAAUCCUUCGAUUUUUUUCCCAAAAUCAUUAUCUCAUCAAUGAAUCCUAUCACGUUUUACCAAUUCACUACCAAACAUUCAAUUUCUCCCAUUAUCUCGUUAAUUCUCGCUGAUUACUCCUCUAAUUUUCAUUAUUUAAACAUGCCAUUUGUUUAUUUAUUACGACAAUAUCGAAAUUGGGGAGACAAAUCCCCAUUAUUCAUUAAAAAUUCGUGAGCUUGGAGAUUAGUGCAUGUGACCUAGAGUCUAAUUAAAAAUUAGAGAAGAGAGAGAUUAUUUUUCAAUGCUGCAAUCUGAAUAUUAUCUAUGAAGAUAUAUUAUUACGCGUUGACUCCUAUUAAUUAUUAUUAUUAAUGAUUGAUUAAUUGAUAUAGAGGAACCAAAAUAAGCGCAACACAUUGCGAUUGCCACGAGGGCCUUUUUUCGUGAUCAAAGUGAAAAUAUGUUACGACAUUUUGAGAUGUUAUUUUUUAUUUUGUGGCUCCUAUUGUUUCUUAAUCUAUACCAAAGCAUCUUUUAGUCUGUGAUAAACCACUUGGCACGUGUUGGAUAAAUUUUUGUCGCAGGGAGGAGGUAAUGUGGUGAAAUUUAUGAGGAGUUUUUUGUACGAAAAUAAUUCUCUCUAUGAGUAAUACAAGCAACAGCAGUAAUUUUUAUCGAAAAAGUUAAGAGAAUAGCUGAAAAACGUUUAAAAUAUUCAUUAAACUUUUGUAUGUAACGUCACAGAUAAUCCUGUAUUGAUUUCGUCAGAAUGCGAAUUAAAAAAACAUUAAUUGAACACGAAAUAGCUCGUUGCAGUUGAGAAUUCUAGUGGUUUAGGCUUAUAAAUUUUAUAUCAUAAGAUUGAAUGAUAAUAUAGUUUUGUCGAAGUUCGGUAGUUGUAGGCAGAGAGUUGAAAUGUUUUUUUCUUCAGAUGAGAAAAUAUAAGUUACGAGUAAUGACAGAUUUUUUAUUGAAUUUAUUAAUUCGACAUAUCUAGAACUCAGCGCAGAUUCUCUCUGCUAUUGGAGCUCCAGUAGACGACGGAGAUUACUUAAUAACCCACAGUCAUUGAUGGAUAAUAAUACAUAGAUUAACUGAUAAUUAAACAUUAAAAGAGAACCCGGAAAAUGGAAUGUAGAUCUUGAAUGUCUCCCACGACUGCUGAAUCAUUAUCACCUUCGACACGAGAUUAAUCGUGGGAGAAAAUAAAUAUUGACGAUGUUUGCUCGUUGUUAUACAUAUGUGUUGGAUAAAUGUAUAUAAAAAUAUAUGUAAACAUCUUAUACAUAAACUAUAUAUUCUAUAUGAGCGAGGAUGAAAUAAAUCAUCUGCACUUGGA